CGGACCAGGUGGAGGGAUGUGGCUGCUGUCAGUGCUGCUGCCUCUGCUGCGGCUCUAUCUGUGCGGAGUUAAAGUCCUCAUCUAUCAGAUGUUCAACAAGUCUUUUACACUACCAGUCUUACCCAGGCAGGAUGGAAGGGUGGCCAUUGUGACGGGGGGGACCAGAGGGAUGGGUUAUGAGACAGCGAGACAGCUGGCCAGCCUUGGCAUGCAUGUUAUCAUAGCUGGGAACGAGAAGGAGGAGGGGGCCGCCGCCGCUAGGAGGAUCAAGGAGGAAGGAUGCGAGAGGAAAGCUGAGUUUGUCUACAUAGACCUCACCUCGCUGAAGUCGGUGCGGAACUUUGCCCAGGCGUUCAAACAGCGACGCCUCCCACUCCACGUGCUGGUGAACAAUGCGGGGACCAUGAUGGUGCCUGAGAGCAACACGGAGGACGGCUUUGAGUUCCACUUUGAGCUCAACUACCUGGGCCACUUCCUGCUGACCAACCUGCUGCUGGACACCCUGAAGAAGUCGGGGCGGGGGGGCUGCUGCUCCAGGAUCAUCAACAUGUCCUCCGCUACUCAUUACGCAGGGGUGAUGCACAUGGACGACCUAAACAGGAGGAUCUGCUACAGCUCCCAUGGGGCCUACUCGCAGAGCAAACUGGCCCUGGUCCUCUUCACCUACUACCUGCAGGAGCAGAUGAUGGCGGGGGGGUUCCCGUUGAUCGCCAACGCCGUGGACCCUGGCAUGGUGGACACGGCGCUGUACGACAACCUGUGGAGCCUCGCUCAGGCCAUGAAGAAACCCGUGGCCAAGAUCCUGUUCAGGACUCCGGCAGAGGGAGCGUCCAUCUCCGUCUACGCUGCGGCCGCCUCUGAGAUGGAGGGGGUGGGGGGGUGUUACCUGUACAACGGGGAGAAGAGGCAGUCCUCCCCCCCGUCCUACGACUCUGAGCUGCAGGCCGAGCUGUGGAAGAAGAGCUGCGAGCUGGUGGGCCUUUAGGAGGUCUGACCCCCCACAGGGAGCUCCACACACACACGUGCCUUUGAAGCUUUCAUGGCAGCCAAACUUGAAAAGCACUUUUGUCCCACAGAUGCUAAUGCUAACUGUAGCACACACUAUCUAUGUAAUGUUAAAGUAUGCGCUGAUGCUCUGGUAAUUUUUUUGUUUAAAUAACGUGAAAAUUCACUAUUACUUUAAUGACCUUAAAAAUUAUCAACUGUUAUGUAAAUGCAGAUAAUAAUAAGAGGAAGGAGAUUGAAUGAUAGUAUUAUUAUGGUUUAUACUGUGGUACGGUUCAAU